AUGGCGUCGCUUAACGUCGCCAGCGCCAAUGCCGCGGCCCGCUUGGGGUCGCGCCAGUCCAUCCGCGGGGCGAGAGUGCAGGGGGUGCAGAAUGGGUGCAAGAUGGCCAUGACGGCCACUGUAGCUCGCCCGUCCGCGUCGACUGAUGCGAAGAAGCACAAGAUGGUAACCAAUCAGCGGGCUCACACCAUCAGCCCCGAGAGACUGGAGCUCGUGCAGUCGCUCGAGGGCUGGGCGGAGGAGGCGCUCCUUCCGCUUCUCAAGCCCGUCGAGUCGUCGUGGCAGCCAUCCGACUUCCUCCCGUCCCCUGAGAAAGAGAGCUUCAUCGACGAAGUCAAGGAGUUGCGCGAGCGGGCGAAGGAGUUACCCGACGAGUAUUUCGUCUCGCUCGUCGGCGACAUGAUCACGGAGGAGGCAUUACCGACGUACCAGACGAUGCUCAACACGCUGGACGGCACGCGCGACGAGACGGGCGCCAGCCCGACCCCGUGGGGAAUUUGGACGCGGCAGUGGACGGCGGAGGAGAAUCGCCACGGCGAUCUGCUCAACCGCUACCUCUACCUCUCGGGCCGCGUCAACAUGCGCGCCGUGGAGAAGACGAUCCAGUACCUCAUUGGAUCCGGCAUGGACCCCAAGACGGAGAACAACCCGUACCUUGGCUUCCUCUACACGUCGUUUCAGGAGCGCGCGACGGCCAUCUCGCACGGCAACACGGCGCGGCACGCGGUGGUGAAGGGGGAGAAGAACCUGGGGCGCAUCUGCGGGCUGAUCGCGGCGGACGAGAAGCGGCACGAGCGCGCGUACCAGGCGAUCGUGGGCAAGCUGUACGAGCUCGACCCCAACGGCGCCAUGCUCGCCUUCGAAGACAUGAUGAAGAAACAGAUCGUGAUGCCCGCGCACCUAAUGUACGACGGGGAGAACGACAAGCUCUUCGACGCGUUCACCAUGGUGGCGCAGCGCACGGGCGUGUACACGGCCAAUGACUAUGUGAGCAUCAUCGAGCACCUCAUCGCCAGAUGGAACGUUGAGAAGAUUGAGGGGCUUGAUGCUGACGGUCGCAGGGCUCAGGAGUAUGUGUGCAAGCUGCCGCCGCGCAUCCGCAAGCUGGCCGAGCGAUCAGCGGACAAGCUCAAGAAGGCUGGACCUAAAACGGGCAAGUUUAGCUGGGUGUUCAACCGGGAGAUAUACAUCAUGGCGCAUGCUGACGUGGACCAGGUAGACUACGGCGCGGACGAUGACGAUCUCGAGCUCGCCAUGGAAGAGGACGACGCCGGAGCCGCUCCCGUCGCCGCGGCGCCUGCGCCUAAGCUUAGAUCCACGAUUGCUGGCGGAACAGCGGCCGCGGCAGCAGCGGCAUCAGCGGCGGCGGCGGAGGCGCGGCGGACGAAGGGGCGCGGGUUCCGCGAGGCCAUGGACGUGGAGCGCGACGGCGGCGACCGCGUGGGGGGACGCGCGUUCGAAUCGCUCGACGCUUCUGGCGGGCCGGGGCCCCAACGAUCGGUGGAGGGGUGGAUCGUGCUGGUGACGGGGGUGCAUGAGGAGGCACAGGAGGACGAUGUGCAUGAGAUGUUUGCAGAGUUUGGAGAGAUCAAGAACCUGCACCUCAACCUCGAUCGACGCACAGGGUUCGUUAAGGGCUACGCACUGGUGGAGUAUGAGAGCAGGCAGGAGGCAUCAGCGGCCAUUGAGAACCUUAACGGUGCAGAGCUGCUCACCCAACCCAUCGCUGUCAACUGGGCUUUUACCACGGGGCCACGGGGGAAACAGGGUGGCAGAAGGGAAAGGAGAAGCAAGCCAAGAUAUUAA